GGUCCACAGCACCCGGUGUCAAACGAUCAAACCCCACGAAUCACUGCUCCACGCUGUUCAGUGAAUUGGGGGCGACCGGCGAGAGAAUCCCUUGGAAGUCUCAAGACUGGAUCUCUCGAGAAGGGAGGGGAACGACGGCAAUAAUGGACCAGAACCAGAGGACUUCCAGGCCUGUUCAGCUCCACCCAGGCAGGAUUACCAUCGUCGAUCUCUUCAACAUUUAUCUUGGGAGGAAUUCACGGCAGAAAUCUGAAGAUAUGCCCCAAGAAUCCGCAAACAAGAUGCUGAAGAGAGUAACUGCUCCUAACAGAGAGCUUCCUCCUCGAAACGAACAAUUUCUAUUAGAUUUUGAGCAGUUGCAAGGGCAGUUCCAAGAUCCAGAGCAACUGCGUACUGUGACAGAAUCAGUUCUAAUAGCAUUUGUGGUCCAGUGCUGCGCCCAUGUGCCACAAUCCGAAUUUCUUCUAUUUGCAUUAAGAAGCUUGUCCAGUGUAGGUUAUAUCAAGUGGGAUUCGUUCAUUCCAUCGCUCCUUUCCACUAUUUCCUCUGCAGAGGGAUCUUCUGGGCCUGGAAGUCCAACAAUGGCAGGAAGCUUUUCUAAUGUUGUAGGUUCGAUGACGACUUCUCUUAUUUCUUCAAAUCCUAAUGCUUCAAGCUCCCUUGUAUCUACUCCAGCUUCUCCCCUUCCAUCAAUGCAUGGCAUUGGAUCCCCUACCCAGUCUACGACCGAUCAGCCUUCCGGGCCAAGUCUCUCACCAGUUAAGCCUUCUGAGCUUGCCGGCCUUAGUCAACUUUCUACUGCAAAGGUGAAUCAGCCAGUUAGAGCUGUUGCUAUAGGCUAUCUACGUCAAUUAGCAAGUAAAAUUAUUCUCACAGCUCUGGAAUCCAAUCUAAAGCCUAUAACUAAUGCAGAGAUUUUCUCUCACAUGACUAAUUGGCUAGUUAACUGGGGUCAAAGAUAUCCAGGCGUUGAUGAGUCUGAUACUAUAAAGGGUUGGAAGCAUGAAAGGCCUUCCCUUGAAUGGAUGCACAUUUGCUUGAAUGUGAUAUGGAAAUUGGUUGAUGAAGAUAGAUGCCUCAUUCCCUUUUACGAGUUGAUCCGAAGUGGAUUGCAAUUUGUGGAGAACAUUCCUGAUGAUGAGUCUUUGUUUGGGAUCAUUUUGGAGAUACAUAGAAGGAGAGAUAUGGUGGCCUCACACAUGCAAAUGUUGGAUCAACACCUUCAUUGUCCUUCUUUUGGAACUCAUCGUUUUUUGUCUCAAACCUACCCGAAUGUACCGGGUGAACCCAUAACAAAUCUUCGUUAUUCGCCGAUUACCUAUCCAAGUGUCUUGGGAGAACCAUUACAUGGAGAGGAGCUUGCCUUUUCUAUACAACGAGGUAGUUUAGAUUGGGAGAGGGCACUGCGUUGCCUUAGGCAUGCCCUUCGCACCAAUCCUUCUCCAGAUUGGUGGAGACGCGUUCUUCUUUUAGCUCCUUGCUAUAGGCAGCAAGUUCAACCACCGACCCCCAUAGCAGUUUUCUCUCAGGAUAUGAUUUGUGAGGCUGUUAUUGAACGAACUAUUGAUUUACUUAAAAUGACGAACUCAGAAAUUCAGUGUUGGCAGGAUUGGCUUAUGUUUGCGGAUUUAUUUUUCUUUCUAAUGAAGAACGGGUACAUCGAUUUUCUUGAAUUUGUUAACAAACUUGCCUCAAGAGUUACUCAAGGAGAUCAUCAGAUUCUUCGUAGUAAUCAUGUGACAUGGUUGCUUGCACAAAUUAUUCGUUUGGAUAUUGUAAUUAAUACUUUAAACUCAGAUCCAAAGAAGGUUGAGACAACGAGAAAGAUCAUUUCCUUCCACAAGGAAGAUAAGAACCCUGAUGCAGGCAACAGUAGCCCACAAAGUUUGCUUUUGGACUUUAUAAGUAGCAGUCAAAGUCUACGCAUUUGGUCCUUAAACUCUUCCAUUAGAGAGUAUCUUAAUAGUGAUCAGCUUCAGAAAGGGAAGCAAAUAGAUGAAUGGUGGAAGCAGGUGACAAAAGGAGAACGCAUGAUGGAUUUUAUGAACAUGGAUGACCGAUCGAUGGGUAUGUUUUGGGUUCUGUCAUACACCAUGGUUCAGCCAACUUAUGAGGCUGUGAUGACCUGGCUUACUUCUUCCGACGUAACUGAAAUUCUUCAAGGAACUGUACAGUCUAAUGAUAGAAUGAUGAUGAUGCGGGAAACUUGUCCUCUUUCUAUGCCACUUCUUUCUGGUUUAUCUAUAUACUUAUGCUGGAAACUAUCGCACCAACUUGAAGAAGGAAUAUUUCUCGGACAGGUCAUUCCUAGCAUAGCUAUGGUGGAGACUUAUGUUAGAUUGCUGUUAAUUGCUCCUCACUCGUUAUUCCGUUCGCAUUUCACGAAUUUGACUCAGAGAUCCCCAUCAAUUUUGAGCAAGCCUGGCGUUUCCCUUUUGCUCUUAGAAAUAUUAAACUAUAGAUUGUUGCCAUUGUACAGGUACCAUGGAAAGAACAAAGCUUUGAUGUAUGAUGUAACAAAGAUAAUAUCAAUGAUAAAGGGUAAACGUGGAGAACACCGACUGUUCAGAUUGGCUGAGAACCUAUGCAUGAAUUUGAUCCUUUCAAUAAGGGAUUUUUUCCUUGUGAAGAAAGAGUUAAAAGGACCUACUGAAUUUACUGAGACACUUAAUCGGAUGACAAUUAUUAGCCUUGCUAUCACUAUCAAGACACGUGGUAUUGCUGAGGUUGAGCAUAUGCUUUAUCUUCAACCCUUGUUGGAGCAAAUAAUGGCUACCAGUCAGCACACAUGGUCAGAAAAGACUUUAAGAUACUUCCCUCCACUUAUAAGAGACUCCUUAAUUGGCAGAAUGGAUAAGAGGGGCCAGGCUAUUCAGGCGUGGCAGCAGGCGGAAACCACAGUGAUUAACCAGUGCACUCAGCUUCUUUCUCCAUCAGCUGAUCCAACUUAUUCUCUGACAUAUCUUAGUCAUAGCUUUCCUCAACAUCGUCAGUAUCUUUGUGCGGGUGCUUGGGUGCUUAUGAACGGACUCCCUGAGAGCAUCAGUAGUGCAAACCUUGCACGUGUCUUAAGGGAAUUUUCUCCUGAAGAAGUGACAUCAAACAUAUACACGAUGGUAGAUGUACUUCUGCACCAUAUUCAGUUGGAGCUACAGAGGGGACAUACAGCCCAGGACCUUCUAUCUAAAGCAAUAUCAGGCAUUGCUUUUUUCAUUUGGACGCAUGAGCUGCUUCCACUUGAUAUUUUGCUACUAGCUCUGAUAGACAGGGAUGAUGAUCCUUAUGCAUUGCGCAUUGUGAUAAGUUUGCUUGACCGAACAGAACUCCAGCAGAGAAUUAAAAUGUUCUGCUCAAGUCGUAUUACGCCUGAGCAUUGGCUCAAUAACCAACCCCCCAAAAGAGCUGACGUACAAAAGGCUCUCGGAAACCACCUUGUGUGGAAAGAUAGGUACCCUCCUUUUUUCGAUGAUAUAGCUGCGCGGCUGAUCCCCGUCAUUCCACUAAUUAUAUAUAGGUUAAUUGAAAAUGAUGCAACUGAUAUUGCCGAAAGAGUUUUGGCCUUAUAUUAUUCACUUCUCAUCUUCCACCCACUGAGAUUUACCUUUGUUCGAGAUAUUCUUGCAUAUUUUUAUGGUCACCUUCCAACCAAGCUUAUUGUUCGCAUACUCAAAGUACUCGACAUUUCAAAGAUUCCUCUUUCAGAAUCAUUUCCUCAGUACGUUUCAUCAAAUCCACCAAUUUGUCCUCCAGUGGACUACUUUGCCACUCUAUUACUUGGCUUAGUGAACAAUGUUAUUCCUCCAUUAAACAGUAAGUCAAAAUCAGAGACAGUGAGCGAACCUUCUGCUAUUUCCAGCCGCCCGACAAUGACCAAAAGCCAAGCAUCUCCGCCGUCAGCAUCGGCCAACAACGCCGAAGGACAGAAAGCAUUUUACCAAAAUCAGGAUCCCGGUACGUACACGCAGCUUGUCCUGGAAACUGCAACCAUUGAAAUCCUUUCGCUUCCGGCAACUGCAUCCCAAAUUGUAGCUUCGCUCGUUCAAAUUGUUGCUAACGUACAGCCUUCGCUUAUUCAGUCGACCAACGGGUUGCAAGUGCUGUCAGGGGCCUCCAGCCAGACCUCCGGGCUCCCAACAUCUCCGUCGGCCGGAGGUUCGGAAUCAUCCGGGGCAAAUCGUUCAGCUUCGGCAACUGGAAUGAAUGCCACCAGUUUUGUUUCUAGAAGCGGUUACUCAUACCAGCAGUUGUCUUGUUUAAUGAUACAAGCUUGUGGGCUUUUGUUGGCCCAGCUCCCCCCGGAAUUUCACUUGCAACUUUACUUAGAGGCAUCCCGUAUAAUUAAAGAAUGUUGGUGGCUCACAGAUGGGAUUAGGUCAAUUAAGGAGCUCGAUUCGGCUGUUAGUUAUGCUUUGGUGGAUCCUUCGUGGGCGUCACAGGAUAACACGUCGACCGCCAUAGGAAAUAUAGUUGCCCUUCUUCAUUCUUUCUUCAGUAAUCUUCCUCAUGAGUGGCUGGAGUCCACACACACUAUCAUUAAGCACCUUCGCCCCGUGGCAUCCAUCGGAAUGAUGAGAAUAGCAUUCCGCAUAAUGAGCCCAUUGCUGCCGCGCCUCGCCUUCGCCCGUCCACUCUUCAUGAAGACUCUAGCGCUUCUAUUCAACGUAAUGGCGGAUGUCUUUGGGAAGAACUCACAGCCUGCAACUCCUGUGGAUGCAUCAGAAAUCAAAGACCUGAUUGACUUCUUGCACCAUGCUGUUAUGUAUGAAGGGCAGGGUGGGCCAGUGCAAAGUAACAGCAAACCCAAGAUAGAGAUUCUAACACUGUGUGGGAAAGUGGUAGAACUCCUCAGACCAGAUGUGCAGCAUCUCUUCAUUCACCUGCAGACCGAUCCAAACUCUUCUAUCUAUGCAGCUACUCACCCAAAACUGGUUCACAAUCCUGCUUGAGAAGAACACCACCCCUUUUUUCUGCUGCUUUAGUCUAUUUAUGUAAUUUUGACAUUUUGUUCUUUGUUCAUUAAAAUAGUUUCAGGUUUUGUCAGGAGGCUAAAAUGUGCAAUAAUCUACAUGGUUUGGACUAGUUUUCAAAUUGUUUUUUGGAUUGUUAUGGUAAGGAAUGGUGGUGUAAAAUAUGAAAUGAUGGUGUAAAUUUUUGGUUGGUUUUUGUGAGUUUGGAAGGCAACAGAUUGGGGUGGCUCAUAAGCUAAUUUAUGAUU